GAAGUCUCUGUGCUUGGGGUAGAGGAGUGUCAGCUCCUUUCCUUUCUCGACGUUGCUCCUUCUCUCUCCAAGUCAACAUGAGUCAACGCUUUAGCUCCAAGUCUGGGUACCGUUGUGGAGGAGGGGGCUUCAGCUCUGGCUCUGCAGGGGUGGUCAGCUACCAGCGCAGGUCUACCAGCAGCUCUGUGCGCCGCAGUGGGGGAGGCGGUGGGAGAUUUAUAGGCGGAGUAUGUGGCAGGGGUGCUGGUGGUGGUUUUGGAAGUCAGAGUCUCGUUAACCUUGGUGGCAGUAAAAGCAUCUCCUUCAGUGUGGCUGGAGGAGGUGGACGUUAUGGCAGUGGUUAUGGGGGUGGUAGUUUUGGGGGUGGUGGUUUUGGUGGUGGCGGCUUUGGGGGUGGUGGUUUUGGUGGUGGUGGCUUUGGGGGUGGUGGUUUUGGUGGUGGUGGCUUUGGGGGUGGUCUCGGUGGAGGUGGAUUUGGUGGAGGUGGUUUUGGUGGAGGUGGUUUCGGUGGAGGUGGUUUUGGUGGAGGUGGUUAUGGGCCUUGCUUCCCUGGUGGAAUACAUGAAGUCACCAUCAACCAGAGCCUUCUGCAACCCCUCAAUGUGGAAAUUGACCCUGAGAUCCAAAAAAUAAAGUCUCGAGAAAGAGAGCAAAUCAAGACCCUCAACAACCAAUUUGCCUCCUUCAUUGACAAGGUGAGAUUCCUGGAGCAGCAGAACCAGGUGCUGCAAACUAAAUGGGAGCUGCUGCAACAGAUAAACACCACCUCUAAGACCCAAGAUUUAGGGCCCUACUUUGAGACAUACAUCAGCAAUCUUAGAAGGAGAGUGGACCAACUAAAGAAUGACCAAUGUCGGCUGGAUUCAGAACUGAAGAACACACAAGACCAGGUGGAAGAUUUCCGGCACAAGUAUGAGGAGGAGAUCAACGCGCGGACAAAUGCAGAGAAUGAGUUUGUGAGCCUCAAGAAGGAUGUGGAUGCUGCUUACAUCAACAAGGUGGACCUUCAAGCCACAGUUGACACCUUGCUUCAGGAAAUUGAUUUCUUGAGAACGCUCUAUGAAGCCGAGCUGUCUCAGAUACAGACUCAUAUCAGCGAAACCAACGUCAUCCUUUCCAUGGACAACAACCGCAGUCUGGACCUGAAUAGCAUCAUUGAAGAAGUCAAAGCCCAAUAUGAAGAGAUUGCGCAAAAGAGCAAGGCUGAGGCUGAGGCCUUGUACCAGACCAAGUAUGAAGAGCUCCAGAUCACUGCUGGCCAACAUGGAGACAGUUUGAAAACUUCAAAGAUGGAGAUUUCUGAGCUGAAUCGGGUGAUCCAGAGACUUAGAUCUGAAAUUGACGCUGUCAAGAAGCAGAUCUCUGCGCUGCAGCAGUCCAUCAGCGAGGCCGAGCAGCGUGGUGAGAACGCCCUCAGGGACGCCCAGCACAAGCUGAAUGAGCUGGAGGACGCCCUGCAGAAGGCCAAGGAGGACCUGGCUCGCCUGCUGCGCGACUACCAGGAGCUGAUGAACACCAAGCUGGCCCUGGAUCUGGAGAUCGCCACCUACAGGACCCUCCUGGAAGGAGAGGAAAGCAGGAUGUCUGGAGAGUGUGUCCCGAACGUGAGUGUGUCUGUGAGCACCAGCCACACCAGCGUCAGUGGCGGUGGUGGUGGAGGAGGUGGUGGUUUUGGCUCCCGUGGCGGCGGCGGCGGCUACGGCUCUGGAGGCGGCGGCUAUGGCUCUGGAGGCGGCGGCUAUGGCUCUGGAGGCGGCGGCGGCUAUAGCUUUGGAGGCGGCGGCGGCUACGGCUCUGGAGGUGGUGGCGGCUAUGGCUCUGGAGGUGGCGGAGGCUACGGAUCCGGGGGCAGCAGCCAUAAAAGCGUCUCUGGAGGUAGCAUCAGCCAGGGAUCCAGCACCAAGACCUCUGGUGGCAGUUCCAGCGUGAAGUUUGUUUCCACCAGCUAUGCGCAAGGGACCAGAUAAAGAGGUCCUCUCUCUCUGGUUAGCUCUCUGUCUCUCUCCAUUGCUACCAAAUAUGCUUCCAAUGCCCCAGCCUUAUUGGAGAAAAAAGCUAUGGUUAGUUACACACUGACUCAUCUUAGUUCCCCAGCUCUUUCCUUUCUGCUCUGCUUCCCAAAGAAGUUUUUAGGUCCGUGGCAAUCUCAGUCCCCCAGUUAUGACCCUGCUCUGUGCUCUGCCCAAGAAAGAGUUCAGCAACCACCGCUACACACAUUACAUUUCAAAGCACCUCCUUAAGUCAGCCAGAGAAGAGCUGGUCAGACCCACAACUUCUUUGCUGUGUACGGAGCACAAGCUCUGGAUAGCUCCUUAGUAUCCUAAUUCUAUCCAAUCUCUGUGCUGCUUUGGUUUUGUACAUAAGGUGUAAACCAGUUGCCUUUUGUGGAGAGGUCUUAAACUCCCCAUUUCCUUGUGUUGCUGCAAUAAACUUUGCAUUUGAAAUUC